UGUAAGAAACCCAAAGUUCUCAGGAACCUGCUGCCACCUGUGUGCAGUUUGCUUUCUUGCACAGUAGUACCUCAUCCUUCUUUCUGGGCCUGGGGAGUCUCCUGAUGUCAGCAAGCAGGUCUCAGUGCAAGGUUCAGUCAUCUCUUGGUGAGAAAUAGUGAGACAUGUAGAGAAAAUGUCACAGGUCGCUGUGCUGCACUGCUUUGUCUGCAGAAAGUGAAGAAAUAUGAAGAUAAAUCUGGGCUUACUGCCCUUUCUGACAGCUUCUCUGCCUGUUUCUGAUCACCGAGGUGUGUUGUAUGGGAUGCACCUGCUUGUCUCAGCAGCCAACCCACAACUUGAGCCAAAGCAAGUGCUGGACAACAGUAUUUCUGGUCCUAGGGGAGAAAGAGGUGAUGGCAUCAGUGCUUUAAGUGGCUUUAAGAUCUGGUGUGGUGGAGUGGUCCUUCAGGUGCCACAGGAGAAACCCGAAGACCACAGUUUAUCGUUGUUAGUUUCACAAAGUAAAGGGUAGGGAUGCUGAAGAGAGUUCUAGUUUUGUCUCCACCUGGAACAGUUACCAUUCACCUAAAUGCUGGUGUUGGAAUAGCAACAACUCAGUUUGCACUUCUGUGGUUAAGAAGUGUUUAUCCUAUUUAUAAGGUUGCAUUUAUAAAAGUAAACUAACAUAGACACUGUUGGUUUUGCCAUUCUCAGUUGGCAUCCAGCGUAGCCUACUGCUUUGUUUUGGUCUGUUGUGCCAGGUUUUCUUUGUGUUAUUCCACUUAGUAAGCCUGACUUCUUAAUUACAUGAACAAAGCUUAAAACCUCUUUUUGUCAUCACCUGUCAGAGUAGAACUGACUGGCUGUACUGUAGCUUUAAGUCAAAAGUGUGCACAAGUUACAGAACUGAGGUUGUAAAUCUCGAUCAGAUCACGUACCCAGCAGCAGAGUGGUUCACUGAUGUUGUCACCUGCUACUUAAUGAGUUUAUUGUGCUUCAGUUCCUUUGCAAAGAGAGAUUUUGCAGUGCUGCAAAUUGCUUGAAGGUGUUUUAAAUGCUGGACAGUGCUUUGUAUGCUAUACUCUAACCUGGAUUUGUUUCACUGCUGCAGGAUAAACAGUGCUCUACUGGAAAUACUGCUCACUACCCUGCAAAGUUUGGUUUCCUGACUUGGCUGCUCUUAAGCUUUUUCCCCACUCAAUUAUGUCAGGGAAACCAAGUGUUUGAAUUCUGUUGCGCUGCUCAGCAGCUCUUUAUUUGCUUAAUUUGGUAGCUCUGCUUCGUUUUCUUUGUGUUGUUCUGCCACAGUUUCCUUUCUGUCACUGCAGCCCCCAUCUCACUCUCACUUGUUUCUCCUACCUGGAUUUUAAGUUGAAGGCUGUCAAGGCAGUGAUGAUGCUGUCCGUGCUCAGUGCCUUUUGGAAUAACUCCAGAAAUUCCAGCUGAAGGGAAGAAUUAGGGUGCUUUGAGUUAAUCUUUGCAAAUCCUGCAGACAGAGAGUUGAAAUCCAUACUAACAGAGGCUUAACUGUAAUCUCCUGGAACAGUGGCUAUAAGCAGACACCUUGGCUCUGGCUGUGCUGGUAAGGAUCCUACAAGAGUCUGAUGCCUUUGUCCUGGUAAAGCUUGGGGUAGGAGAGCUGAAGUUAAGGACCCAACUUCUGUGUCUUAUGGCUGAGCUUCACCAGGAACAAGAAAUACAUUUGAUGGGUUUGUGUUCUUUCCUCAUGGUUCUCUUUGAACUAAUCAGUAGAAUGAUUAAUGCUUCAAAUGACGAACUGAAAUAUAUCACAGAAAUAAAAAGAAUUGUCCUAAGAAGGAGAAAAGCUAAAGGGGCAGAAGGAAUCAAAAUGUGGAUGUUAUCUGGACGUUUACAGCCAUAGUACAAGCUACUGAACUUUGAAGCAUCAGCUCUGCAGAACUGAGGAUGAGAGUAGGUCACUGUUGGCUGUGUCCUGCAAUUGUCCAGAAGAGCAAACACCAUUCUGAUAUUUUCGGAUAGUGUUGCUGUAAGUGAAACCCAGGAAAAGAAAUCUUACAGGAAUGUGGUGCCUGGUGUGGGAUACCACCCCCUCCCAGGGAUGGGAAGCAUGCUGUUGUUUGCAGCAGGGGAAGGGCAGCUUGUGGCCACGGGCAGGUAUGGGUGUGCUCCAGGGAGCUGACCUUUGGAUGGAAGGUUUCUCAAUCGUGAUUGUUGCUGUGUGCUCCUAUUGUGGCAAAGGGGAUCAGCCCCUACCUGCGUGGCAAACCUGGAACCUUCUGUGGGGUCCAGAGCAGCCCUGCAGGUGAUAGCUCCAUCCCCAGCUCUGCAGAGCUUUUUUCUCACAUAUCUUCUUUCUGCCACCCACCUGCCUUCUCUCCUGGUCCUCGUUGGGGUGCAGUGUAAUUAUGGAGCAAUGCAGGAAGGGGGCAGGAAGGAGUUAGGGAAAUGUCUUUUCUGUUCUAAAGCAAAGCCAUGAAAUAACUGCAAAACAUCCUUUUUGGCUUUUGCACUGUAUGCGUGUCCCAUCCUCCCCCUCUUUUUCUUUCUUGAAUGUCACAUUCAAGACUGAGUGGAAUGAGAGAAUGUAGUGUCACAGCUCACAUGGGGACAGGGGACGGGGCAGGGGUCAGCAACACCAAGUCCAGGGAGGAGUUGCAUGCUCCAGUGUUUUGCUGAAAUUCAGGUUCUCUCAAAAUAGUCUUGUUUGUCUUUUUAUCAUUAACCAAAGUCAACAGUUCAUAGCUUUGAUUCUGCUCUUGCAUGCCUAAAGUGAAUGGGAACCUACAUGAGCAGAUGGCUCUGCUCUGGCAGGUUGGCUGUUUGGAGGGGAAACAUAGAAUUGGAGACUUACAAAGUGUGACCACACGGGAAAGCUAAGGAAAUUGGGGAAUUGGGAUUAUUUCCUGUAGAAAAGAGGGGAUACUGUGAGCCUCUGUGUUAAAGGAUUAUUGUAAUGUGCAAGAAAGUGUCAGAAGGAGGAUUAUGAUUGGUUUGUUCUCUGACAGCUCAGGAGGACUUAAGCUGCAGGGAGAGAGAUGUAGGACAGACUGCAGGAAGAUGCUUCUGACUGCUCUGGCACCACACCUGGAGACAGAGAUUUCAAGAACAGGCUGCAGGAGCUUUCUGAAGGGUACCUGGGGGAUGUUUGAUCCCACACCAGAUUUGGGGAGGGAUCAGAGGACCUGCUGAAUUCCUUUUCCUCCUGUAAGUGAUUAUAUGUGCCUGAGCAAAGACUCCCAGGUGGUGAAUCGAAUGAGCCUUCCCCUCCCCAGGGCUGAGGUCUGCCUCUUGAGUCUUUUACCCUUCUGGAUCUCCUGGUAAGCGUGCAGACACUGGCCUAAUAGUCCUGGUUGACCCAUUGUUGGUGUUGCAGGAAAGCCCUGGGAUUGGGUGAGUGCCCCAGAGACAAGCUCCAUGGUUAUGCCACUUCUGUCCCUGUGCUUUGCACAUACUGCCUCACAGCUGCAUUCUGUAUUUUGUUAGAAAUAAUGUAUUUCUUUUAAUGUAUCUUAGUAUGGCAACAGUGACUAUCACCUUCCUCCCUAUGCUGAGUUUGGUUCCUCUGCUCCACAAGUGCAAACUUCAUUAGGUCCUCAUCCAGCCAAUGUGUGGGCACCUGCUCAGGGAGGACGAGGUGUACUGUGGCAUUUUGUGGCACAAAGUGUUUGGCUGGGCGAAAGUGCUCACAGGCUUUUCCCUGCCAGGGAGGCUCGUUCUGGGAGCUGGGCUUUGUUUUCUGUGCCACUAGAGGGAAACCUCAGCCUUUGCAUGGAAAUGGAGGCACUGCAGCUGCAGGAUGCUGGAACAGCACGAAGACAUACAUGUAAUAGACACAUGGAUGGUUGCUGGCUGCAUGGCACAGGCAGUCUUGCUGUUGGAACAAAGUAAAGAUUGUCGUAAGAAAAUCUGUCAAUGUUUGGAGCAAAAAAGUCAGGAAACAAUCCUGUGGGAGCCCCCACAAAGCGUCACAGUUCAGCUGUGUACACAACUCCUUUUCUCCUCCCCUCCUUAAGUAUGGAACAAAAUGAGUCAUUAGGAAGUGUACGGUCCUUCAUUAUCCAGAAAUAUCUGUGAACUCUGCCAGCAGCUUGGACAGAGGACUCUAAGUGUCAUUAAAAGGGAAACCAUGGUUUCAAUCCAGCAUUUGAGGCUGACGGAGAUGAUGCCUCAAUAACUGCUUGUAUUUGGGUCUCUGGUGGGUGCAAGCUUUUCCAAAAUUAAUGACUUUGUUGUAAGCUGUGUUUGAAAGUUUGGGGUUUUUUCUAAUAACUUUUGUCAUGCAUAGUGCCCAGGGUAGGACUCAUGUUGGUAUUCAGUUGAAAGCAUUGCUUUAGCAGUGUUUUAGCUGGUAAUGGAUUUCCCUUAGUUAAGCAGAGGCUGGUUGUGCACUGCAGACGAUGUCCCGUUAUUUGGGGGAAGCUGGCGCCGGAGCUGUCGGGAUGUCAGAGUGGGACUCGUGUAAGCAAAGUGUGGGUAACAGAUCCGUUGCCUUCCAUUUUAAGAGUGACCUUUAGCUUGCUGGAGGCUGCAAAAUGCUGCUGUGCCCGCGGGAGGCUUUUCCUCCAGGGCCACGCAGAUCUGCUGGGCUGGCAAAAACGCUGUGCAGCGCAUCGGUGUGUGUGUGAGCGGGUGCUGAGCUGCUGACAGAGGGCAGGCGGAUGGACGGUGCCGGCGGCGAUAGCACAGAAUGGUGAAGGGCCGUGUCUGGAGGGAGCAGAAGGUGGAGAAGGAGGCAGAAAUCACCUUUUGCUGAGUGCUGGGAGAGCAGCGUGGGGUUGUGUGUUCUUCAUGACAUUGAUCCUCCACGGCAAGUGCAGAGAAACAUCUUCAGUUACAGGAGCCGUGUUCAGCUCAACGUUCAAGGAGCUAUUUUUGGGUGCUCGGCAACUCUGCUGAGCUUCUGUCCAGUAGGUGUGCCAUUGCUGGUGUCAAGACUGAUACAUUUUUAAAAAAAAGUUAUUCUUUUUCUUUUUUUAUUUAAUCGUAGUUUACUUCUUAAAUGCAUUUAUCUGAAAAAAGAACAUGGAAGCUGCUCCUCUGCCUCUGCUGACUGUGCCAACAGCUCCUUACAAUGAUCAGAAACCAGGAACCAGCGGAUUACGGAAGAAGACCUAUUAUUUUGAAUCCAAAAUGAACUAUUUGCAGAACUUUAUCCAGAGUAUAUUUUUUUCCAUAGACCUAAGAGAUCGACAAGGAUCUUCUGUGGUAGUUGGAGGUGAUGGAAGGUACCUUAAUAAGGCUGCAGUGGAACUGAUAGUCCAAAUGGCUGCUGCCAACGGGAUUGGUCGCUUGGUCAUCGGGCAGAACGGCAUUCUCUCCACCCCAGCAGUGUCCUGCAUCAUCAGGAAAAUCAAAGCCAUCGGUGGCAUCAUUUUGACAGCCAGCCACAACCCUGGGGGGCCCAAUGGAGACUUUGGAAUUAAAUUCAACACGGCCAAUGGAGGUCCUGCUCCAGAAGGUAUCACGGACAAAAUUUUCCAGAUUAGCAAAAAAAUUGAAGAAUAUGCAAUCUGCCCGGAUCUCAAGGUGGACCUGGGUACCAUUGGAAAACAGCAGUUUGAUUUGGAGAACAAAUUUAAACCCUUUACAGUGGAAAUUGUGGAUUCUGUAGAAGCUUAUGCAAAUAUGCUGAGGAACAUCUUUGACUUCAAUGCGUUAAAGGAACUGCUUUCGGGGAAAAACCACCUCAAGAUUCGCAUUGAUGCAAUGCAUGGAGUUGUGGGCCCUUAUGUGAAGAAGAUCCUGUGUGAGGAGCUGGGAGCACCAGCAAACUCUGCUGUGAACUGCACCCCACUGGAGGACUUCGGUGGCCACCAUCCUGACCCCAACCUGACCUAUGCUGCUGAUCUGGUCCAGACCAUGAAGACAGGAGAGUAUGACUUUGGAGCUGCCUUUGAUGGAGAUGGGGACCGCAACAUGAUUCUUGGCAAGCAUGGCUUCUUUGUGAACCCCUCUGACUCCGUCGCUGUCAUUGCUGCCAACAUUCUCAGUAUCCCUUACUUCCAGCAGACCGGGGUCCGUGGCUUUGCCCGCAGCAUGCCCACCAGCGGGGCUCUUGACAGGGUGGCCCACGCGACAAAGAUUGCUUUGUAUGAGACUCCUACUGGCUGGAAGUUCUUUGGAAACUUGAUGGAUGCAAACAAACUGUCUCUGUGUGGAGAGGAAAGUUUUGGUACUGGCUCCGACCACAUCCGUGAGAAGGAUGGGCUCUGGGCAGUCCUGGCCUGGCUGUCCAUCCUGGCUGCCCGCAAGCAGAGCGUGGAGGACAUCAUGAAGGAUCACUGGCAUAAAUAUGGCAGGAACUUCUUCACCAGAUACGACUAUGAGGAGGUGGAUGCAGAUGCAGCUGGUAAAAUGAUGAAGGAUUUGGAGACUGUAAUGUUUGACCGCUCCUUUGUGGGGAAGCAGUUAUCAGCUGGUGACAAAGUCUACACGGUUGAGAAAGCUGAUAACUUUGAGUACCACGAUCCCGUGGAUGGAAGCGUCUCCAGAAAUCAGGGCUUGCGGCUCAUCUUCUCUGAUGGCUCUCGCAUCAUCUUCCGGCUGAGUGGCACCGGCAGCGCUGGAGCGACUGUGCGGCUCUACAUUGACAGCUAUGAGAAGGAUGCUAAGAAGAUCCACGAAGACCCACAGGUCAUGCUGGCUCCUCUCAUUUCUAUUGCACUGAAACUCUCACAGCUUCAUGAAAGAACCGGCCGCACCGGUCCCACUGUUAUAACAUAAAGGCUCAUCCUGGCACCAAGGGAAAGAAGCCAGCCCGUCGCCUCUUUUAUUGUCGGGUCUGUCGCUAUAAAAGGAAUAUUAAUUUUAUCUGUGUA